UCUCUAUUUUGCACUGUGGUGGUUGAAAGUGCAUUUGCAGAUCUUAGCUAAACAUAAAUCUCUGUCUGGAUCUGCAAAUGCGCACCGUUUCAAUCGCAUCAUCUGCUAUCUCUAGUUCUUGCCCUCUGAAGCUCUGUCCGAAGUUUAUUUUUGAGAUUUCUUCGCUGAGGGAGGAAUUAUAAUGAUUUGGAGAACCAAUUGGGGAGAAAAUUGCAGUCGAGUAGGAAUUGGGGUAUGCUAUUUUACUUAUCUGCCAGCAAACUAUGGACAGUGACAGAGCAACUCCUGCUCCAUCAGAUGGGUUCGCAGACGGUGUUCAGAAAAUUAGAGCACUGCAUGGGAGGACAACUGGCCCUACAAGGCGCUCUACAAAAGGACAAUGGACACCUGAAGAGGAUGAGAUUUUGCGGAAGGCUGUUCAGCGUUUUAAAGGAAAGAACUGGAAAAAAAUAGCCGAGUGUUUCAAGGAUAGAACUGAUGUGCAAUGCCUGCAUAGGUGGCAGAAAGUCUUGAAUCCAGAACUUGUCAAAGGUCCAUGGUCUAAAGAGGAAGAUGAAAUAAUUAUCGAAUUGGUGAACAAAUAUGGGCCUAAAAAGUGGUCUACUAUCGCACAACAUUUACCUGGACGUAUUGGUAAGCAAUGUCGAGAAAGGUGGCAUAAUCAUCUCAAUCCUACUAUAAACAAGGAAGCAUGGACGCAGGAAGAGGAGUUGGCUCUCAUACGUGCUCAUCAGAUUUACGGGAACAGAUGGGCAGAAUUAGCGAAGCUCUUGCCUGGAAGGACAGACAAUGCUAUAAAAAACCACUGGAACAGUUCUGUGAAAAAAAAAUUGGAUUCUUACUUGGCAUCCGGCUUGCUUGCUCAGUUACAAAAUGUACCGCUUGUUGGAAAUCCGAAUCAACCUAUCGCUUCAACCUCUUCAAGGAUGCCGUACAGUGGAGAUGAUAACGGUCCUAGGGGGAACGAAGGAGAGGAAGUUUCGCAGUGUAGCCAGGAGUCAGCAAAUGCUAGUCAUUUUCCUUCAGCCGGAGAGAUGAGUAGUGUUGUUUUACAAAACACGGACGAAUACAGGCUAAACGAAGAAUCUAAUCUUGGAAAGGAUUAUAGUCCUGGUCAAGCAUCCUGUUCAGAGCCAUACUUCGUGUCUCUGGAUGAAGUUACAGCAUCCCUCUCAGACAUAGCUGGCCAAGAAGUUUGCACUUCUCAUUUCAUUGACCAGAAAUACUCACAUGAACCAAGCAAUUCAACAAACGGGGAUUGCCAGCUUGAUUUACUUGCCUUAACCAAUUAUUCCUCGCUGGACUUGGGCCAGGAAUCGUCACAGUUGCAAAAUGAUUGCAUAGCUCAUGGCGAAAGCCAUGAGGUGGUGAAUGUUCCGUAUCAGACUUUAGUGGGGUUAGGUGUUGUGACAUCCAUGGGACCUACAUCAAUGGACUCUGUUAAACAAGAUAAUAUGUUGAUAACUGAUGAUGAAUGUUGCAGAAUCCUAUUUUCAGAAGCAAUGAGUGAUGAAUGUUUUUCUUCUGGAGAUUAUAAUACAGCUAUAAACAUGGUUGACUUGUCUGGAUGCACCUCAUUUCUUUGUCGGUCAUUAUUACCGUCUGUCCAACCAGUAGUUUCUUCUACUGGUGAUACGUUGAUGCAUACUACUGAAGCUAAUCGGUUGGUUGGGUCUGAGGAUCAGCAUUUUGUCUCCAGAGCACAUGAUAACUUAAUUUAUGCCAAUGAAUUAUCCACUUCUCCUUGUAUAGACAGAAUAGACGCUGCAGAAAUGCAAGAACCAUCAGAUGUUGUGAAGGAUAAUUCAAAAUUGGUCCCUGUAAAUAGUUUGGGAUCUAAAUCAGAUGCUAUGCAAACUUCCUAUCCAACAAAUGAAACGCCAAAUGUGCAUACAAAACAAGAGGACAUAGGAGGUCUAUGUUAUGAACCGCCCCGUUUUCCAAGCUUGGAUAUUCCUUUCUUAAGUUGUGAUCUUAUUCAAUCUGGGGGUGAUAUGCAACAAGAAUUUAGUCCCCUAGGUAUCCGCCAGUUAAUGAUGUCAUCGAUGAACUGUCUAACUCCUUUUAGAUUGUGGGACUCACCUUCUCACGACAAUAGUCCAGAUGCCUUGUUGAAAAGUGCUGCUAAAACCUUCACGGCUACACCAUCCAUAAUUAAGAAACGACACCGAGACCUUUUAUCUCCACUAUCAGAUAAAAGAAUCGACAAGAAACUUGAGAUUGACAUGACAUCAACUUUGAUUAAAGACUUUUCCCGAUUGGAUGUCAUGUUUGAUGACAAUGAGACUCAGGGAGCAGAUUUGCUUUCUCCAUCUUCAAUGCAAAACAUGAAAGCCUUCUCUGCUGAGGAUGGUAAAGAAAAUCAUGGACAAUCUUUUAGGGUGGAAGUAGAGAAGAACAAAUCUGCAAUUUUGGAUGACAAAAAGUCAGAAAAAGGUUUAGGUGACAGUAAUUCCCCGGAUAAGAUUAUGCAGCAACCUCUUGAUGUUGAUUCUAAGAUGAAUGGUGUUCGUACAGCUGCUGAUGUUGUGCAACAACCUUCUGGAGUUUUGGUUGAACAUGAUAUGAAUGACCUAUUAUUGUAUGGGACUGAUCAAAUUAAUUUAAAAUCAGAGAGAGUUCUAAGUUCAAGUGCUAGAACUCAAAAAAACCCAUGCUCAAGGGUUAACUCUCCUACUAUUCGGGUAAAGGAGAAUGAAAGACUUUCAAUCGCUGUUACUUGUGUACAAUCUGUCAGUUCAUCAGGCCCAGGGGAGAAUUCGGGUGAUCAUGCUGGAAAGGAUGGUGGUUUUGAAACAUGUAGCAUAUUUGGUGGAACACCGUUUAAGAAAAGCCUUGAAUCGCCUUCAGCUUGGAAAUCUCCUUGGUUCAUCAACACAUUUUUGUCUAGCCCCAGGAUUGAUACUGAAAUUACAAUUGAGGAUUUUGGGUACUUAUUGAGCCCAGGUGACAAAAGCUAUGAUGCAAUCGGGUUGAUGAAACAAAUCAGCGAACAAACUGCUGCUCAAUAUGCCAAUAUUCAUGAGAUUCUGGGAAAUGAAACUCCUAAGGCAUUACUGGUGGAUGCAUCUGGAAACCACAGGGAUGAAGACCAGGAAAAUGAUGAUCCAAAUAAGCAGCAUGGGAACCAUUCCCCAUUGUCUCAAUUGGCUUCAAAUGCUUUGGUGGAGCGACGGAUCCUGGAUUUUAGCGAAUGUGAAACCCCGGGCAAAGGUGAUAAUAGCAAAUCCUCAUCUAUGAGCUUCUCAAGCCCUUCUUCGUAUUUGUUGAAGGGUUGUAGAUAGCCUCUCGUACACUAUCAUGGCUAAAGCCUCCGGUUGGUCUGCUCGUCGUGAUAUAAGUGUAUGUUAUAUAUAUAGUUUUGUAUUCAAUAUGUUAUUUUUAUUAUUUAAGCUUAUAGUGAUGAGACUUAAAUUUGUAAUUGUAACAAAAAAAAUUCAUUUCACUUGAUGAUUCUUGAUUCAUAAUCUGUCACCUCUAUAUAGUAAGCAAAUUU